GUUUCUCUUCUUCUUUGCCGGCAUUUUACCUCCAUUAAUUAUUAGUAAACAUUCUCUAUUUUUACUGAAAAUAUGAGCAAUAUAGUGCAAUAUAUAGUUGUUCGCAGUGAUUUGCGUUCCGCCCUUAGUUGGCCGAUGGGCGCGGUUAUUGCCCAGUGCUGCCACGCCACCGCCGCCGUCAUUCACUUGAACUCAGAGGACGCGGACACCGUGGCCUAUUUGAAGGACCUGGACAAUAUGCACAAAGUGGUGCUGGAGGCCAAAGAUGAGGCUGCCCUAGUCAAGCUUAGCGAAAAGUUGAAGGAGAACGAGAUCAAGCACAAGUUGUGGAUCGAACAACCCGAGAAUAUUCCAACCUGCAUCGCGAUUAAACCAUAUGUUAAGGACACAGUUCAAAAAUACGUUAAGAGCUUCAAGCUUUUGAAGGAUUAAUCAUGUCUAAAACCCGAAAACCUCUUUAUUAAAACCUUUUGAUAUACCAAUUUUACAAAACAAAGGUUCGUUGACAAGAGAUAAACAAUAUACAAUUUAAUAACACAAACAUAAUUUAAAGAAAUACAAAAUUAAAAACUA